GCUGACGCUCAGCUGUGCGGUGCCGCCGUGCUGUCAGCCGCUGCUCGCCGAGGAGCUCAUCGCAGUGACACGUUUUCGCUUUGAUCAUCGUCAUCAGGAACCGACUGCAUCUUUCUGAUCAUCACUGGCGUUACAGUUAAAGCGUCGCCAUGGCAACCGCGUGUCCCGCGAGGAUGAAGACGUGCGUCUGGGAAUAAACCCAGUGUGUGUGUGUGUGAUAUAAUUAUAACAAUUAAUAAUAAUACUAUUGUUAAUAAUAAUAAUAAUAAUAAUAAUGUAACACUGCUGAUGUGAAAUAAGGCGUUUGAGUCACACACACACAUAAACACACUAUUAUUAUUUUUUUUUAUCAUCAAAUCACCAGAAGUCAGCUUUCACUCACAUAGACGUCCUUGUUUAUUUUUAAUCUUCACGAUGAAUGUUGGCACAGCGCACAGCGAGGUCAACCCUAACACGCGUGUGAUGAACAGCCGGGGCAUGUGGCUGUCAUAUGUGCUGGGCAUCGGCCUCCUGCACAUCAUCCUGCUCAGCAUCCCGUUCGUCAGCGUGCCUGUGGUGUGGACGCUCACUAACCUCAUCCACAACAUGUGCAUGUAUCUCCUGCUGCACACAGUCAAGGGGACACCAUUCGAGACCCCGGACCAGGGCAAAGCUCGACUUCUGACCCACUGGGAGCAGAUGGACUACGGUGUGCAGUUCACCGCCUCACGCAAGUUCCUCACCAUCACCCCGAUUAUCCUGUACUUCCUCACCAGCUUCUACACCAAGUACGACCGGGUCCACUUCGUCAUCAAUACAGUGUCUCUGCUCACCGUGCUCAUCCCCAAGCUUCCUCAGCUGCACGGAGUCCGGCUCUUCGGGAUUAACAAGUACUGAGGAUACUUUCCGCUCGCUCCCCGAGCCCUGCGCUCUCAAUGUGGACCUGCCCUCGGUUCAGAAGCUUUUUUAACAAAGCAGAGAAGGCAGUGCUGAGAAAUGAAAAAAGGAGAAACUUCCGCACGAGUCACUUAACACCACGGCCACUGGUAAUCGCGAUUGAGGACUGAUUGCGAGUGAGAGCUUGUUGAGGAUGAGGUGAAGAGGAUUUAUUACAAAAAGUUUAGAUAUUUUCCUUCUCUGGACCUGACUAUGUUUGCUUUUAGAAGUCUGUAUGCUCAGCCGUACUGGAAAACCCAUCAAACCACAGCAACACCAGUGUUACGAUACUACAAACUUGAUAUUCCAAGCACAAGAGAACAUUCUGUACCUGUGUGGAGAAACAAGAAUGCUGGAAAAUAUAGUUCUCAUCACUUUUUAUGGGGAUGCCUGUGUGAUGUAGCU